UACAGAUAUUUUUUACUAAUGCUAUCUGGCCAGACUUGAGACAGAGAAGUGAAGUGACUUUCCUAAGGCCACUGGAAGAUCUUAUUUAUCCAGGCUUUAGGUGAACAUCUUAAAUUAAGACAACAAGUUAUUGCCACUGCUACAGUCUACUUCAAGAGAUUCUAUGCCAGAUAUUCCCUAAAAAGUAUAGAUCCAGUAUUAAUGGCUCCUACGUGUGUGUUUUUGGCAUCCAAAGUAGAGGAAUUUGGUGUUGUUUCAAAUACAAGGUUGAUUUCUGCUGCUACUUCUGUAUUGAAAACUAGGUUUUCGUAUGCCUUUCCGAAGGAGUUUCCUUAUAGGAUGAACCAUAUACUAGAAUGUGAAUUCUAUCUCUUAGAAUUAAUGGACUGCUGUUUGAUAGUGUAUCAUCCUUAUAGACCUUUGCUACAAUAUGUGCAAGAUAUGGGCCAAGAAGACAUGCUGCUACCUCUUGCAUGGAGGAUAGUGAAUGACACAUACAGAACUGAUCUUUGUCUGCUGUACCCUCCUUUCAUGAUAGCUCUAGCUUGCCUACAUGUGGCCUGUGUUGUCCAGCAGAAGGAUGCAAGGCAAUGGUUUGCUGAGCUAUCUGUUGAUAUGGAAAAGAUUUUAGAAAUAAUCAGGGUUAUUCUGAAGCUGUAUGAGCAGUGGAAGAACUUUGAUGAGAGGAAAGAGAUGGCUACUAUUCUUAGUAAAAUGCCUAAACCAAAACCACCUCCAAACAGUGAAGGAGAACAGGGUCCAAAUGGUAGCCAGAACUCUAGUUAUAGCCAAUCUUAAGACAUUCCAAAGAAUUUGUUUAUGGACCACUUUGACUCAAGACAUCCUGGGAUCUUUCCUGUGUUCAUGAAAUGGACAGAAGGUUUUAGUAACAUCUUUGACAAAGAACUUGAAGAAUAAAUAGCUUGUUUGUGUCAAGCAUUUUGAAAGCUUUUUCUCUAAAACUGCAUCAUUUUCUCUGACGCUGGAGCAAAUGUACUAAGAUUUUUCAAUGUAAGGAAUCAAAUGUUACACCAAGCUGCGAAAGAUUAACACUAUCCACUCAAAAUAAAUAGUUCAUUAUUGGUUUUGUUUGCUUUGAGAAAAUUGUAACUUGCCAUUGAAGUGAACUAUUUUUAAAGCGACAGUAACCUGAAGCCUAAGUGUAACUGUAUUAAUGACUUGUGUUGUCUUCAUUUUGUUUGUGACUGAAGGAAGGUAGCGCACUGUGUGUUAAAUCUAUUCAUUACCUUGAGUUUUGUUGAUUUUUUUGAAAAUAAAUAUGGAUUCUGUAACAAGUAAUGCAGCAAUCCUUCAGAAACAAAACCUAGAAGAGCCUGCAAAUAAUAUUGUUACAGUUUUAAUGAAAGCUGCAGGAAAGAAAUUCAGUUCCUUUUUUGGAUUAGAAAAAUGCUGUUUUACUUAGUAGAUGUACUUGGAUGUUUUUGCCACGAAGUGUAGUAGCCCAGCUUACCAGAGAAGUGCAAUAUGUAUAGUGAUUCUGCAGUUUUCUUAAACGUUUCAAGUGUUAGGAAUUAAAAAACCCCAACAUACUAUGAUUUUUUUUUGCAAGUAAAUGUACUGUAUAGUACAAUCGGAAUAUUUCACAGUCAAGUACAAAUCUGGAUAUGAUUGCUGUUUUUUAUGGUGGAUUUUUUUUUUGUACAAAAGAUAUACACUGUUAGUCUGCCUUCACUGUUGGUGUGAAUUUGUGUGGUUCAUUAGAGAGUUUAUUUAAGAGGAUCAAGCUUUUGGUGAGUUUCAUACUGGCUAAUUUUAAUUGUGAUGUUAGGAGCAACUCUUUAGAAUAACUGAAAUGGGAUUCCUUGGUUAACUAUGUGCUGGAGAAAAUGAGAUUCCUUCAAACAGAAGGCCAUAUCCUGUGUUCCUUACUCAGGCAGAUAUCCCACUGAAGUCAGGAAUUGGCCUAAAUCGAAUUUCUUGAUUUUUAGAUAACUUUGUUUCUAAUUAAGUUCUGUACAACUUCAUUUUGAAUGAUAAUGCUGACUUGCCCAAGUAUAAAAAUUGAAUGAUAAAGUGCAGUA